UAUGAGUUAAUAUUUAAUUUCUAAUUUUUUAUAGUUAUAAUGCUGAAAAAAUUGUGUGUGCAAAACAUUAAAUAGGAUAUAACAUAUAUAUUUAGGUAUUCAGUACUUUAAAGUGGUCAUAAGCUUCUGUAAUCUUGCAAAAUGAGGACCAUCAACUCAAGCCAGUGUGUUAAAAUACCAAAAGGAAUUAAAGCUUCCGUCAAGGCCCGUGUGGUGAAGAUAACUGGAGUACGUGGGAGUUUGACACGAAGCUUCAAGCAUUUGGCUUUGGAUAUGUACAUGGUCGAUAAACGUACUCUGAAAGUAGAAAAAUGGUUCGGAGCUAAAAAGGAACUUGCGUCAGUCCGAACUGUUUGCAGUCAUAUCGAAAACAUGAUUAAAGGUGUGACGUUUGGUUUCCAAUACAAAAUGAGAGCAGUAUACGCUCAUUUUCCAAUUAAUUGUGUUACAUCUGAAAACAAUACUGUCAUCGAAAUUAGAAAUUUCCUUGGCGAGAAAUACAUCCGUCGUGUACAAAUGGCACCUGGUGUGACUGUUGUUAAUUCAACUGCUCAGAAAGAUGAACUAAUUGUUGAAGGUAAUGACAUCGAAGCUGUUUCUGGAUCAGCGGCUUUAAUUCAACAAUCAACUACAGUCAAGGACAAGGACAUACGUAAAUUUUUGGAUGGUCUUUAUGUGUCCGAGAAAACAACUGUUGUCAAAAAAGAAGAUUAAGUUUGUGUAAAAUAAACGAAUUAGAACUUUUGAAUUCAGUUUUUUAAAA